CGCGCGCCUUUUUUGAAUAUAAUUACUAUCUAGACUCCGACCCCGUAGAGAGGCUUGACGUCUUCUCCGGCUAGGUUUCUAUCACGCUCGUUAUCUUUUUUACGCCGUAGACCGGUUACACGAAUCUUGCAAUCCCCUCACGAUAACCCUCUUUCCUCCAUCUGCAUAUAUUGAUUUUGAAUUUGCCCAUCAUGGCUACUUCAGAGUUUGUCAAAGAAUUUUCCCCUCGCUCCACCGUUUUCGACCGUCGUUGUAUUGGAUGUGAUCCCACCACUUGCAACUGUCAAGCAAACGAGACGUGCGAAGUAUCGAGUCGUACUUGUGACCAAUGUCCCACGGUCACUUGCAUCCCGAACACACCCACACCCACUCCCAGUUCCGGUGGUGGUGGUGGUUCUAAUGCCGGUGCCAUUGCAGGAGGUGUUAUCGGCGGCUUGGCUUGCAUCGGUAUCAUCACAUUCCUCUUUUGGUGGUUCGUCGUGAGAAAGAGACGUCAAGCAGAAUCCCUGCAACCAGAGAAGAAUAAUACACCUGGUCACCAACGCAGCCGCUCGAUGCAGUCGAUCGCUUCCACAGUUCUGACCCGGGCUUCAAACGUCAUCCAGAUCGCCUACAUUCCAGGUGUCACCAAUCGCUCCGAACCGCAUACUCCAGGAACUCUUGUUCCUCCUGUGCCACCUCUACCAAGUGCCCAUGGAUCAAUGGCUAGCAACGACCAGUAUCUGUUCACACCCAGCGAUCUGCGUGCUUCUCAAUACUCUGCAAUGACCAGUGACCGUCGUAGCAUCGCCACUAGUCUUGCUCGCAGCAGUAUUGCAACGACAAUUUACCGAAACGACGCUAUCAUCAGUCCUAUGCCAGCCCAACAGGCUCGCGCAGCUAAGGCUGCCAUGGUUAGUGUCAAGUCUGGUACCAACACCCCCACCGACAAUGUCUCCCUUCGCACAUUAGACGCUCCUGCGGUACCUGCCAUCACAAAUGCACAGCUGCAAAAAGCCGGUGUGCCACAUAGCUCAAUUGUUGCUCGUUCAGUUGUCGCUCGCCCUGUGAAUGUCAAGGCAUCUUCGAAGCCCAAGGUACCGGUGGUGUCUGAAGAAGAAAUCGACUCGGAUUCCUCCGAAUCUAUCGCAUCGCACUCUCGCGGCAAACGUUUCGAUAACCAGAAUUCAAAGUUCGAGGACUCUUCAGACGACGAGGAUGAUGGAUCAACUACCCCAACUGGUCCGUCCUCACAGAGCAUUCAAAUCAGUCUUUCCGAGGGCCCAUUCUCCGACCAACCAAGAACCCCUUCAUCAAUUACCAUCACCCACACGGCUGCCACACCAACCACCGCCACUUCCCCUUCAACCGCAGCUACCACCACUCAAACCAUCCCCGACGAGACUCCCGGCCCUGCGCGUGCAGGCCAACGGAGCAGCCUAGCAUCAGUCAAGAUGCUCGCCCAUGAGUCUGCGACGCAACGGUCAUCGAGUCCGUUCGACGAUGAGCAUGAAGUCAAAUAAACCGAACCAAUCUCGGGAUUAUAUGCACUCAUUUCUACUCUUUAUCAUUGACAGAUUUCUUUUUUAUUGCCUUUUUCAUGUAUUUAGGAUACGAUCGGAUCUUUGGCUUGGUUGGUUCAGGCGGUUUUCAUUCCGUUUUCUGGAUUCCUCGGAUAG